AUGGCUAUGGAAGCCGAUCGACGGGACACCAGAUGCGCAGCUCUAAGAAGAGAGAUCGAGUCGUAUUUUGACAACCCUGACCCCUUUCCGCCGCCGCUGCCGCGAUCAAGUUUUUGGCUGGAACAUACCUAUCCUCAUAAUUAUCAAAUUCAGCAUUUGCAAAUGUUCUUUCUGGCUUGCCAGGAGGGGAGACUCAAGGACGUUGAGGAAUGGGUGAGGGACAGGCGAGAUACCCUCAGGCCGAUGGGACUUCGAGAUGGACUGGACGUAGCCGCCAUGGGUUCUCAAGAUCAAGUCGUCCGAUACUUUAUUGAGGAAGUAGGAGUUGGUACUACGGGUGCUGCUGUGAGGUAUGCAUGCAAGAACCAGUCUUUGCUUCUCUUUGAGCUGUUUGUAAAGCAUGGAUAUCACCCGAAUCAGACGUCUGGUUUGCUGUUGGACAUAGCUGUUGAGAAGCACAGCUUCACGGUCAUCAAGCUUCUUCUUGAGCACGGCGCCGAGGUGAGAUAUUCGCGACCAUUAGCACGAUUAAUACGCUACCGCGGCGAGUAUCUUCGCUCCCUGGGUUUGGAUGAUGACUGGCGACCGCUCAUCGAGAUGUUGUUGAGCUAUGGCGCGGAUAUCAACGCAGCAUCAUAUGGUGGUGGCACAGCACUUUCAACAGCUGUGCACCGCGGGCGAUUGGAGGUGAUCGAGUUUUUGAUCCAGAACGGUGCCGAUGGCAGGAUUGUUACUUCAGUGACGAAAGAGGAUUCUUUCGCUCUUGCCGCCAAGGGUGCUCAGGUCGAAUGGGAGAUUACAGAUGAGCUCAAGGAGUACUUGGAUUAUUUUUGCGAUUCCGAUUCCAGUUCGAUUGCGAGUCGUGUGGCCCCUCCCGGGGUUGAUCAAAAUCCUUUAGUUAAAAUGCUCAUGAAGGUAAAGACUAAAAGAGACCAGGCAGGCGGACAACACGAUAGAAAGUAG